UCUCUCUCUUUUCGUUCGCUCUCUCCUUCUGUCUCGACAGUCUGCAAAGACUCUGCAGAGAGAGAGAGCAAAACGCACUACACGGGUAACGCAGAACCCUAGAGGCGUCAUUUUCAUGGAAAAUUACUCACAUUCUCGACAACCAAGCACACUCUCCAAGAAAACCUGCAAUGGCGCUGUAGCGGCAAGGAGUAUCGCCUACGACGACGUUUUCGGUGACCCGCCGAGGUUCAGGGUGCCUCAGACACUCGCCCCGCGCGUGGAGGACUACAGCGAGAUAUUCGGCGCUGUUCACGCCUCACGCGCCUCCUCGAUUCCCGUGCUUGAUCUUCCCUUGGUUGAAGAUGAUGCUGAGGUGUUCUUUGAUGUUCAGAGGUCUGGUUUCGACUAUGGGGAGGUCUUCGGCGGAUUUGACGCCCUGGACUUUACUGUGUCGUAUGAGGACUUGCGGAGGACGGAGGAGACCAACGGUCAUGGUGGUAAUGGAGAUUUUUCUGACGACGACUGGACACCAGCAGCAUCUGAGACCCUGUCUGAAGUUUCAGAUGAUUCUGCAAAGAACCUACACUUCUCAAACCAGGAGGUUUACGAGCCAGUUGAUGGCAGUACAGAGUUCAGCAUAUCAUAUCAUAUAGCUAAUCAAGGAAGCAAUGCAGAUAUCUCGAAUGGGAUUACUCACGUACCUCAGUUCCAUUCUUUCCCAGGAUAUACUCUUCUUGUUGAUGAAAACACUUAUCUGAGCGGGGCAGGUUUUGAGAAUCCAUCUUUGGAGGUAACCGAUGAUGGCAAUCUCAACAUGGAUUUUAGUGGGGAAAUGAAGGGAAAGCACCUCAGAAAAACCAUGUCAUACUCCUGCAAUGGUAGUACAGACAUGCUGACAUUUGGAAAUUACCUUGAAUCUCAAAAACGAUAUAGUAGAAGUGGAUCUCUUCCUAAGGAGAUGUUUGUUACAGUUUCUGAUGUUAGCCUUCGAACUCAGCCCUCGCAAGUGCCUCCUCCUUCUAGACCUCCACCCGCAUUAGAUUUCAAAAAGGUUGAUUCCAGAAGGGCUUCUUCAAGUUCUAAAAGUGUUGUUUCCGAAUCAACUCCAGGUGAUAAUUCUCCUAGAUUCUUUGAUGUAGAGGUUGAUGCAAGCUCAUCUGCGGCUGUAUCUGCUGCUGCUAUGAUAGAAGCAAUGGAGAAAGCUCAAGCUAAACUGAGAAGUGCAAAGGAUUUACUGGAGAAAAAGAGGGGGAAUUCUCAAAACUGUGCAAAACCAGGACCAAAGAAUGAUGGGACUGGAAAGGUCGACAAGACUUUUGAAGUAUCCAGUGGUAUGAGAGAUGAGUCAUUGCAGAGUGAUUGUGCUGGAGACCUCGGUGGAAUGAGAUUUUCUGUUAAGGAGAGGUAUAAGGCAACACGUACAACUGAUGCAGUUCGGGUUUCAGUAGUUGGAGAAAAACCACUAGAUGGAGCUAAAGUGUCUUCAUUGCCAAAGGCUACCAACGAAUUCUGGUCAACCCAAGAGCCUGAUAAAAUUGAUGUUGUGGAUGAAUGGAAAGAAGCAACACAAUUUUUCGAACUAGUGAAGGUAGAUAGAUUGAGACAGAAAUUUGUGCAGAUAGAUAGUGCAAACAUUUUGUUACCAAAUUCAGAACAGCAGGGGUGUAAGAAGAAGGAAAAAAAGUCGGCCCUGGAAGCAUAUGGGCACCCAAAGGAAAAUGAUGAGAAAUCAAACCCAGUUAGCGAGUCUUAUGAGUUGGAGGAAUAUGAGACUAAGGUGAAAGUAAUGAAAGGAGCUUAUAAUCAUGAAGAAAACAGUGUCACUUUAGAAACAUUCGAUGGGAUAUGCACACAAAAGGAGGAUGAAAAGAAGGCAAACAUGGAUCAAGAAGCUCUUGAACAUGGAGAAGUUGACAAGUUGUUCAGAACAGGCCAACAAACUGUUGAAGCUGUGAAGAAAUGUACUGGAACUGAUGAAUCAGAAGAAAAUGAGGAUUCAGCUGGGAAAGAGAACAAGUAUACAGUUCAUCAAAGCAUGAAGCUGGCGAAAGGGCAGCAUCUAAAGGAGGCCAAUAACAGUAUGGAAGGUGAAAAGAGACGCAAAAAGUCACGUCAAAGACGAGAAAAUGAAGAUAGGCAACUUCAGGCUUUUGAGGGAGAAGAAAAUGAGAGAAAGCUUAACAAGGCUCUCAAAAGAGCGGAGGAGAAUAGAAGACUGAAGGAGGUUUCUGAACAGGAGGCAAAAGAGAAGAAGAUCAAGGAGGUCCUUGAGCGGGAGGAAAAUGAGAAGAAAGAGAUACACACUAAUCAUGACGGAAAGGCUCUGGAGCUAGAAGAGAUGGAAAAGAGAUUAAAAGAGGCUACUGAAGUGGAAAAGAAUGAGAGGACACACAGGGAGGAUUGCGAAAGAGAAGAAAAUGAGAAGAGAGUAAAAGAGGCUCUUCAGCUUGAAGAGAGUGAGAUGAGACUGAGAGAGGCCAUUGAAUGGGAAGAGACUGAAAGGAAACAGAAGAAGACACGUGAAAGAGAAGAAAAUGAACAGAUGCAAAAAGAGGCUCUUGAGUGGGUGGAAAAUGAGGAGAAACAAAGAGAUGCUGAUAAAAAGGAGGAGAUCACGACCGAGAGGAUGCUUGAAAAUGCUACUGAGAGUAACAAACUGAAGGGAGGGAAUGAAAUGCAUAAGCAGACAAAGCAAAAUAAUGAGCAGAAGAAAAUAGACGUGGCUCAAGGAAUGCAUGGGCACUUGGGGGGGGAGGAUGUCAGGGUAUUCAAUGAGAGUUGUCUGCCAGAUGAUAGUAAAAACCUCAGAUCAAUUCAAUUUACUGUCAAGCAUGAGGAGAAUUGUAUAAAAGUAGAAGCAACUAAAUAUGCUUUUGAUGGCGAGAAUAAUGGAGGGACACCUGUCAAACCCAGUUCUAUACUUAGGAACUCAGAAGCAGUUGAAAUGGAGAGUAUGAUGGUUGAUGGAAAAUCUAAAGCCUCUCGCUUGUUGGGAGGUGAUGUGGUGCUUGAGGGGAAUGUAUUCAGAAUGACAGAUGUUGCGGAGGCACUUAACAUGGAUGACAGUUUGAAGAAGGCAAGGGAUGCUGACCUUGGUCUUGGACAACGAAUUGUUGAGAAAAUCAAAAGUGCCUCUGAGAUGGACUUGGAUAUUAAAAAUCAAGGAAGGAAGUUUGUUAAUGAAUGGGGAGAAAGAGAAAAUGGUAUCAAGCACACCCAGGUUACAGUAUAUCAGGUGGACAACAAGGAGAAAGUCAUGUCUACUCGAGUGGUGAAAGAGUCGGUUGAAACUGGAAGAAAAAUAGAAGCAGCUGAGCCAGCUUUAAGUCAAAGUAAGGGAAGUACACGGGAAGCAGCGCAUCAGAUUAAUAUUGGUCAAAGUGCUGAAAGAAGAAAAAAGCAUCUUAAUGAGGCUUGUGCAUCAGAGGAGAAAGAAGCUUUAAGAAUGAAACGAGAAAGAGAGCUGGAGCAGGAACGUCUUAGAAGGGUAGAAGAAGAGAUGGAGAGGGAGAGGGAAAGAGAAAAAGAUAGAAUGGCUGUAGACAGGUCAGCACUUGAAGCCCGUGAUAGGACUUAUGCUGAAGCUCGUGAGAGGGCAGAGAGGGCUGCUGUGGAGCGAGCGACUGUUGAAGCUAGACAAAGAGCAUUGGCAGAGGCUCGUGAAAGACUAGAAAAGGCAUGUGCAGAAGCUAGGGAUAAGAUGUUAUCAGAUAAGACAUCUGCAGAGAGCAGGCUCAGGGCAGAGCGUACUGCUGUAGAAAGAGCAACUGCAGAGGCUCGAGAACGUGCAGAAAAAGCAAUGGCCGAAAAGGUUGCCUUUGAGGCUAGAGAACGAAUGGAAAGAUCUACUUCAGAUAAGUUCUCUGGCUCCUCCAGAAAUCAGGGAAUGAGACCAAGCUCUUCAUCCUCUGAUUUGCAAAAUCAAUUUCAGAAUGCCAACCCUUUUGGUGGCUCAGCAUAUCCAUAUCCUUAUGCUUAUGGUGAUAAAGCUUCAUAUCAUGGCAAAAAGUCUGAUGGAGUUGAAGGGGAAUCACCUCAAAGGUGUAAAGCUAGGUUGGAGAGGCAUCAGCGAACAGCUGAGCGCGCGGCAAAAGCUCUGGCGGAGAAGAAUAUGUGGGAUCUUCUCGUUCAAAGAGAACAAGCGGAGAGAAAUAGAUUGGCUGAAAGUCUGGCUGCUGAUGUUAGAAGGUGGUCAAGUGGGAAGGAAGGAAAUUUGCGUGCAUUGCUUUCGACAUUGCAAUAUAUCCUUGGCCCUGAUAGCGGUUGGCAGCCAAUUCCGCUAACAGAAGUUAUAACGUCAGCUGCUGUAAAGAAAGCUUACCGAAAAGCUACUCUUUGUGUUCAUCCUGACAAAUUACAGCAACGGGGAGCUAGCAUCCAGCAGAAGUACAGAUGUGAAAAGGUCUUUGAUCUUCUGAAGGAUGCUUGGAACAGAUUCAACUCAGAAGGGCGGUAGCACAGGCGUAUUGCUUUGCUACUCAAGAGUAAAUGCAUUUUAUAUUCGCCCUAUGAUUCUUGUCAAAUUUGUAGUUGGUGGGUGUAAUCUUCAUCGCAGGUAAAUAGGUUUUAACCGCCAUUAUUGAAGGGAAAAAAGGGCGGCUGCUUUAUGUUCUAAA